GCUGCGAACUCAGGCUGUGGAUGCUGCGCUCUCCCCGCCCAUGACAUGUAAUAGUCUGAUAAUGAGAGUUGUUCCGGAGGGGGUUGGAGACCUUUGACUGUAUUUGGACUUGCGUCUGUUGCAGAUGAACGUUUUUUUUUCUGGUUCUGUCCUGCUCGUAGUCACGCCGUCGACAGGCUCCGGCCUCACACGGAGCCCGCACCAGGAUGGGUGCUGUAACGGCGCGCGGGAUAUUAUGGACGUGUGUGUUGGUUCUCAUUGGAAUUAGAGACGCCUGCGCUUCUAAUGUCUGCACUUCCAGAGGAGCCAGCACGUGUAAGCAGUGUCUGGCCGUGCACCCCAGCUGCGCGUGGUGCUUUCAGGAGGCCUUUGGCCAGGGCGUGUCCCGCUGUGACCUGAAGCCCAACCUGGUGGCAGCCGGCUGCGCUCCUUCGGCCCUGGAGUCCCCCACCAGCAAAAUGCAGGUGAUCGAGGACCGGCCGCUCAGCAACAAGGCGGCGGGAGCCACGCAGGACGUCACCCAGAUCAAGCCGCAGAGGCUCCACAUCACGCUGAGGCCAGAUGAUGCCAAGCGGUUCACAGUGAAGGUGCGUCAGGUGGAGGACUACCCCGUGGACCUCUACUACCUCAUGGACCUCUCCUACUCCAUGAACGACGACCUGUUCCGCCUGAGGACGCUGGGCAAAGGCCUGGCCGAGGCCAUGAACCGCACCACCAGCAACCUCCGCAUGGGGUUCGGGGCGUUCGUGGACAAGCCCAUAUCCCCGUACAUGUACAUCUCGCCCCCAGAGGCGGUGACCAACCCCUGCUACAGCAUCAACACGACGUGUCUGCCGCAGUUCGGCUACAAACACGUUCUGUCCCUGACGGAGGAAGUGGGCCGCUUCACGGAGGAGGUGAGGAAGCAGAUGGUGUCCAGGAACCGCGACGCCCCGGAGGGAGGCUUCGAUGCCAUCAUCCAGGCCGCCGUGUGCAAGGAGCGGAUCGGCUGGCGUCCGGGCGCCUCCCACCUUCUCAUCUUCACCUCGGACGCUAAGACCCACGUGGCGCUGGACGGGCGGCUGGCGGGGAUCGUGCAGCCCCACGACGGGCGCUGCCACCUGAACUCCCACAACGUGUACAGCAUGUCCACGACCAUGGACUACCCGUCUCUUGCUCUGAUCACAGAGAAGAUGUCGGAGAACAACAUCAACCUCAUCUUCGCCGUCACCAACCCCGUGGUUCCUCUGUACCAGAACUACAGCGAGCUGAUUCCUGGCACCACGGUGGGAACGCUGUCCAACGACUCGGGCAACGUGAUUCAGCUCAUACUCAAGGCCUACGCUAGGAUCCGUUCCAAGGUGGAGCUGGAGCUUCAGGGCGUCCCAGAGGAGCUGUCCCUGUCCUUUAACGCCACCUGUCUGAACGGAGAGCUCAUCCCCGGCCUCAAGUCCUGCUCCGGACUCAAAAUAGGCGACACAGUCUCUUUUAGCGUGGAGGCCAGAGCUCGUGGUUGCCCCAAACAGAAGAAGAAGUCCUUCAUCAUCAAACCCGUGGGCUUCAAGGACUCCCUCUCCAUCACCGUCACCUUCGAGUGUGACUGCAAGUGCCAGGCUAAAGCCCAGCCCAACAGCCCCAAGUGUAACCACGGCAACGGCACCUACGAGUGCGGCAUCUGCAUGUGCCACCCCGGCCGCCUGGGGUCGCGCUGCGAGUGCGCGGAGGGCGACUACAACCCCACGGAGCAGGACCUGUGCAGCGGGCCCGCGGGCCCCGGGGGGCCCCAGCCGGCCGUGUGCAGCGGCCGCGGCGACUGCGUGUGCGGCCAGUGCGUGUGCCACAGCAGCGACUUCGGCGAAGUGUGGGGCAAGCUGUGCGAGUGCGACGACUUCAACUGCCUGCGCUACAAGGGGGAGCUGUGCUCGGGUCACGGCGCGUGCAACUGCGGCUUCUGCCAGUGUGAGCCCGACUGGCAGGGCGAGAACUGCAACUGCUCGCGGCGCACGGACACCUGCAUGUCCGGCCUGGGCCUCCUGUGCAGCGGCCGGGGCCAGUGCGUGUGCGGCGCCUGCCAGUGCACGCAGCCCGGCGCCUACGGGCCCACGUGCGACAAGUGCCCCACCUGCCCCGACGCCUGCACCAUGAAGAAGGAGUGCGUGGAGUGCAGGCACUUCAAGAGGGGGAGGCUGCUCGAAGACAACACCUGCUCCCGCAUCUGCAAGGACGAGAUUGAGCUCGUUGAUGAAUUGGUUUUCCACGACACGAAUGCCGUGAACUGCACUUACAAGGACGAGGACGACUGCGUGCAGCGAUUCCAGUACUACGAGGACACCAGUGGCAAGUCGAUGCUGUUCGUCAUCAAAGAGCCAGACUGCCCCAAGGGUCCAGACGUUCUGGUGGUGCUUCUGUCGGUGGCGGGCGCCAUCUUGUUCCUCGGGCUGGCGGCCCUGCUCAUCUGGAAGCUGCUGGUCACCAUCCACGACAGGCGGGAGUUCGCCAGGUUUGAGGAGGAGCGCGCUCGCGCUAAGUGGGACACGGUCCAUAAUCCUCUCUAUAAAGGAGCCACCUCUACCUUCACAAACAUCACAUACAGAGGAAAAGACUGAUGCUACUGAACAAGAGUCGAUUCAUACAUUUUACUGUCCCUUGUUGGAAAACACCAAAUCAUGUGCAGGCCUCUACUGUCACAAGACAAUAAAUAAUAUUUUUUCUGUUUGUAAAUAUGUAGAAAUUUAAUUUCUGACCCAUUGAUUUGUCAUAAACAUUCAUUACGCACUGAUAA